AUGUCCAAAGAUCCGGGUAGCAACAAAGUCAGCGAAACACCACCUGGAUAUGAUUCACCUCUUGCAGCUGCAAGGGGGGUCACCCAAUGCGCAAAAACAAGGAGCCACCCUCAGUCUCCAGGGCAAAGAGCCGCUGACGACAGGGUUGUGCUUUCUGUGUCGGCUUCUAGUGGGUUGUCCCGCGCUCUUGCUUCAGCGAGGAUCGAGCAUUUUCGACAGUAUCCGUUUACGGACGUCCGAAAACUCAGGGGUCAUGCCUACAUUCUCGAACAACGAUCGCUUCAGAAAAAAAUUCCUCCGUCGCAUGAUGCAGAAUGUUGUGACAAUAAUCUAGGAAUGAUCUCGCCUGAUUCAAGCGAGGUAAUCGACCUUCGUGCUGAUGGCUCUUCACCGCCGAUCAGUAACCAAUUGUCUAUCUCGCCCGUGUCGACGUUACAUUCUCCAGACCCUGCUGAUUACAAUCUUCUCCCCCCGGAUCUCUUCUCCGGAUUGAUGGAUCUUGCGGAUAUAUAUGCACCGGAUGAGCGAGUUGAUGUGAUCGUGUUGAAUUUUGGACCCGUGCCGAAUUCUUUCUGGGGAUAUCUCGUGCCAUCUUGCGAUGCUGAAAAAAAGGGAGCUUUUGAAGACGUUCUGACCUCCUUACCGCAAAUGAACGGGACCUGGCGUUUGGCGAAAAGCUUGAAAUUCGCCGAUCGGGUUAUGUGUCGCCAAGGCCCGAAUGAAAGGGUUUUCCGUGGAACUGUUAUAUCGAAGAAGAGUGAAUCCGUGGUAGUGUUUUCUGAAGAUUAUGGCUGCACAUUGGAGCUUAGUUCAGCAGCCACGGUCACCGAGAUCGACCCUUCGUAUUCGUUUCCUGCUUUGAUCUUGGCUUUCAUGGAAGUUCCGGACGUCUGGCUGUCAACGUUUCGGGAUGAAGCUUCUGCGUCAAAAAAACGUGGCGGAAAAAAUCCUCCCGACUUUUCUCCAGAGGCAACCGUGAAAGGUUCGAUUACUGCUAGUGGCGACGGGAUAUUUGUAGAUCUUGGGCCGCGAAAAGGAGAAACACGGUUUAGAGCAAUGCGAUGGGACGAGUGUGUUGAAGUCUCUUUAAAAUUCAACGAACUUGGUCGGCGGCGAAGGCUGUUACCUGGAGAUGUCAUCAGUGCUGCUGUUUCUUGCUACACUUUCCCGAACCCAUUUGUGUUCUGCUACGCGAUUGGAGAGGUGGGCAUGUGUGCGGACCUCACUGAUGCCCUGGUGGGAGCUGCAAAACUUUUUGAACAAAAU